AUGAAUUCAGAUGAAAUUCAAAAAGCUUGCAGACUUGGCGAUAUCCCAUCUCUUUCAGAAGCGCUUGACAAAUACCCAGAAGGGCUCAAUGAGUUAGACAGCAAACUCGGCUGGGCGCCUCUAUAUCGUGCAGUUAUCUGUGGACAUCUCGAAGCAACUGAGUUCCUUUUAAAACGAGGAGCAAAGCCAAAUAUUCAAAACCGACUUGGCGAAACCCCACUUCACCAAGCUGCUGACAAUAAUUUGUUAGAAAUUGUCAAGCUUCUUUUAGAAUAUAAAGCUGACCCAAACAUACAGCAAAACGACGGUGACACUCCUUUGCAUCUUGCUUCAUUCAAAGGUCACAUCAAUAUGACAAAGCUUCUAAUUAAGCACGAAGCAAACCCAUACUUAAACUUUGUUAAAUUAUAGGAAAGCUCACUGUAGGGAGCUAAAGAUCCUUAUUCACUUCCAUAACACUUCACUCUCCUGCUUCGCCGACAAUUGUCUCACGACCUUCAAGUCUUGUUCCUAUAAACUAGGGACUGUGCAUGCUCCCUGAUAGUCGGAAAAUUUGAAUCUUAUCUUAUCUUAUAUUAUCUAUAACGUUUAACUCCACUACGGGGUAGCCGUUUCCAGAGCUGCCACCAUAUUUAUCCACAUGUCGAGCCCAUGGACCUCUGGAUCGACCCACUUCGCUACACCAUGGCACGGGUAAAUACGACGUUCCGGCUUCGACGGGCUGCGUUGCCUCGCACUCCUUGACUCAACUCCUGUGCGUGUUCCGCCUAAGGGCCACCUUCCUCGGGUGUGCUGAGAGGUAAAACUUCGAGCCUCUUGAUGUACUUGGAGCAGUGCCUCUCAGCUUAUCUGCCAGAGUUAAACUGCUAUUGCUAUACAGAAGUUCUCAGAAGAAAGCCCAACCCCAUAAAUAAAAUUGCUUGAGGGAGAGAAAAUUAGCAGAGCUAAUUUCGCUCGAACCGAAUGCCAUUUUAUUUAUGGAAAGUUUGAAUCACCGUGCCGUACGCUAAGAGGGUUGUUCACCAUUGAAAAUUCAAACGGGUUGAAUUUUCUUGUCAACUCUCAGCUGAGAUGGAAAUCCACAGCCUAGGGCGUAAUUCUGGUUUCACGCUGGGGAGUAGUCCCAUCGACACCUUUGGGAAACCCCUUUUCAAAUAUGAACCCAUCUUUCUCUAACUACCCCCUCCGUGAGUGAACAAAAAUUUUUAAUAGAAAAAAUUUUUAUGGAAAAAAUUUUGAUAUAAAAUUGAUAACUAUUAUUAUGAAUCUCGAGCUAAUUCUUUUUAAUUUUACAAAUUGCGUUUUAAAACAUAAAUUAAAAAAAUUAAAAUAAUAUUUGCUUUCCAAUUUUUGCGAAUUAGGAUUUUUUAGAAAAAAAAUAAUCUCCCUCCGUAAGCGAACAAGAAUUUUUUGUUCGGGGGAGUAAGGUAAAAGUUGGCAUUGGAGUAAAGAUUCGUUCUUCAAGGUCCCCAGCACCUUUUCAGAUUUCAGCUACAUAAAUUAAGAGGGUAGGUUGAUUCACCUCCAUUUUAAUGAGUAUGCACUAAGCAAACCCCAAUAUCCCAAAUUUUGUAUUUGGGAAAACCCCUCUCCAUUAUGCCUCUGAAAAAGGGCACAUUCAAGUAGCAGAAAUCUUGAUAAAUAGCGAUGCAUCAGCUCUUCUAAAAGACAGAGGAGGGAAAAACGCAAUUGAGCUUGCCACUUCUGAAGAAAUGAAAAAGAUUUUAUCAGAACCAAUUUUUGAUCUCAGCCCUCAUACCCCGAAUAGAAAAGAUGACAAAGAGAACAUCAGUUUUAGUAAUUUUGUUGACCAAGAAACAGAGCACGUAGGAAGUGAUAGUGAAGAUUCAGGAAGUGAAGAUCUAAGCAUCAAAGAAUCUAUGCUUGAGCCUGAAUGUGAAAAAACAAUAGCAAAGCGACCCAGCACAAAUACAUAUCGAACGUUUUCUUUUGGAAUUGAUUUGUCAAAAAAUUCACUAUUCCAAUGGCUUUGCUCAAAAAAACUGGAACAAACUUUUGAGUUUUUGGUAAAAAAUGGUUUUGAUGAUCUUGAAAUUUUGCUUGACCAAAUGCAGUCAGAAAUGCCUUUAACAGUAGAUAUCCUGACUACAAUCGGCAUCUCGAAGCCAGGAUACCGUUAUCGUCUACUAGCUUUACUAGAAGAAGACAGUAUGAAAAAGCAAACCCCUUCUUCAGCCCACGAAAAAACUACAAAUGCAUGAUGCAUAAACCCUAUUUCAGCGCCUGGAGUUCACUUACUCCCUACUCUCCAAGAAUGGCUUGAGUCACUUGGCAUGUCUGAGCACUAUCGAGACUUCUACAAUUCAGGGUUUGACAAUUUCGAACAAAUUUUGCUACUAAUGAAUUCCAACUAUCCUAUCACUGAAUAUGUGCUAGAGCAUGAAAUAGGAAUCGAGAAAUUAGGACACCGACAAAGAAUUCUCGCGAAAUUAAAAGAAGAAUCAGGGAGCAUAAAGAGGCUGAGGACUAAUUUCAUGAACUUUGAAAGAGAGAACAAUGGCACAGCCUGUGAGUUUUGUGAGGUGAUGUAA